UAACCCUGACCACUGGGUUCUCCAGUGAAUUAUAAGCUUGGGUCCGCCUCUCCUGAUUGUGGGCGGAGAAAUAAAAGGCUGAGCUAUAAAAGGCUGAGAGUUGAGUUUGGCUACAGUGCGUCCAUGAAGAGUCCAGCAGCAUGUCUGGUAAGCAGGACUAUGACUGUGUGGUGAUCGGGGCUGGAGUCCAGGGCUCCUUCACAGCCUACCAGCUGGCUAAACACAACAAGAAGACUCUGCUGCUGGAGCAGUUCGUUCUGCCUCACACCAGAGGGAGCUCCCAUGGCCAGACUCGCAUCAUACGUAGAGCCUAUGAGCAGGAUAUUUACACGCAGAUGAUGGGGGAGGGCUACCAGCUGUGGGCCCAGCUGGAGAAGGAGGCCGGAGUGACGCUGUACAGACAAACUGGACUGUUAGUCAUGGGACCAGAAACCAGUGGGGAUUACCCACUGGUCAAGAACACCUUGUUGAAGAACAAGGUUUCCACGGUGAUUCUAAGCCGCGAUAACUUCCACGAGCACAUCCCCAACAUGGUUCUGUCUGAGGGCCACGGCGCCCUGCUGGAUGUAACCGGCGGCGUUCUGUUUGCAGACCGAGCCCUGAAGGCGGUUCAGGAUCAGUUUCAGAAGUUGGGUGGGGUCAUACGAGACAAUGAGAAGGUUUCAGAAAUCAAGCCUGGUCCUGUUGUCAAGGUGACGACCUCUGGAGGAGUUUAUCAAGCGAGAAAUGUGGUGAUCACUGCUGGACCCUGGACCAACAAGCUCCUGGCUCACACUGGUUUCCAGUUACCACUGGAGACUGUUAAGAUCAAUGUGUGCUACUGGAAAGAGAAGACUCCUGGGACUUACGGUGUGAAGCAGCGUUUUCCAUGCUUUGUGGUCACUGGGAGUUUGGAGAGCAAAGAACACAUCUAUGGCCUCCCGUCGAAUGAAUAUCCAGACUUGGUGAAGAUAUGCUACCACAUGGGCAGCAAGACUGACCCGGAUUACAGAGACCUGCAGACAGACACGUCUGACAUCGAUAUCCUUAAGCGAUACGUUUCCAGAUGCAUACCUGGCCUGGUUCCUGAGCCUGCUGUGGUGGAGAGCUGCAUGUAUACACUAACACCUGAUCGCCACUUUGUGUUGGAUUACCAUCCGAACUACAGCAACAUUGUCAUUGGAGCAGGAUUCUCAGGUCAUGGCUUCAAGUUCAGCCCAGUCAUUGGUAAGCUCCUGUGUGAGCUCAGCCUGGGAGAAGUGCCCUCCUUUGACCUUUCAUCUUUCAAAAUCAGGCGUUUCCAGUCACAGAUGAAAUCAGCUAUGUAGGAUCGAGUCUGGAUUAAUGAAGCCUUCCUCCAACUCUUUCAUUCAGUUUACAUGAUGUCACCAGUUUUAGAGCUCCUAAAGACGAGAUGUGUUUAACAGCCAGCCAUUUACACUACAUGAAUUUUCUGAUUUACUUUUCUUACUUUGUUUAGUGACUUCACUAUCUAAAGUUUAAACCUUACUAACCACCUGAAGAGGAUCUUAUUACAAAGCAAAAACACUUUCAGUCAAAUAAUUUCACAAGUGAAGUUGUUUUUCUCUUCCGAUUACUUUAAAAUUUUGUGACAUUCAGACCUUUCCAUUUUUAGUCUGACUUGAUAUACGAGAAUAAUAUUGUAUCUGAAUAAAACUUCUUCCAAGAGUAA